UGAAGAAUAUGAGAUUGCAAUAAGCUUUUCGAAAUAUGCAUGGUUCGAACUUGCAUGCAAGAAGCGGAAAGCAUCUGCUCUACUGAGAGCCCCCAUCUCUUGCUACGCCCAGUUUGCUCGUGCGGUCCGAUUGCUCGCGCAUUUAACUUGGCUUACAAUUUCCUGUUCUGGGAGAAAUUGGCCUAGAUUUACCGCUAUCUCGUUCUGGAAAUCUGUUUGAAAACCCGUUGCUCGUAAUGUUUCGCGUGUGAUUUACCGGCUGCCGGUCGAAUUUCGGGCGUUUUAUCGCGAAACAGUGCGGAAAAGUCGCGAGUUUUACGGCGUAGGAAAGUGUGAGAAAAGAACAAGCAGAAGCAACAGUAAGGGCGAAAACAUGGAAGAUGCGUUGCUUGGGAUUAUUCUGAUUGCGGCGAUCUUCCUGACGGCGAGUGCCCAAGAUGUCGUCAAUUCCGGUGGUCCACAGAUGGUGAAGCUGCUGGAGGAGCCGGGUUGUCCCCGUUUGAGGGAACUCUGUCCGAACGCUGCCAAAGGGAUGGAGGAUUUGAAGGCGCUGGAAUGUGUGCAGAAUCUGUCCCAGGAACAGGUGGACUCCCUGUCGGAUGAUUGCCAGCAUCUAAUCUGGAGCCACACGCUGACCUUGAUGGACGAUAAGAACAUCCAGCGAUUGGUACAGAGAGGUUGUCCCAAACAUUACGACAAGUUCCCUUGCACCGCUCAGCACGAUCCGGGUCAGUAUCUGGCAUGCGUGAUUGACCAUCGCGAUCUCGUCAAAGGCAACGGCUGCCGGGAGUUCAUUCAACGGUUGGAAUAUGUGGCCUUUUCCGACUACCGUUUAAUUGGUCCGUUCCUGAAGGAUUGCACCAGAGAUAUCGAGACUUUGAGUUGUGGAAGAAUAAGCAACGAUAAUCGCAAAGUCUCGCAAGGAGAGACCAUAUCUUGCCUGCAGAAUCAGCUGGACCGAUUGAAUGGCGACUGUAAGAAAGGCAUCCUACACGUGUCGGAAAUUCAAUCCGAUGAUGUGAAGUUGGAUCGACAGCUGUUCCUAUCAUGUGCCGUUGAUGCGAUCCGUUUCUGCCCGUCGAUUCCCCCGGGGUCGCAAAUGGUUCUGCGGUGUCUGAUGAAGAACCGGAACGACGUAACGAUGACCGAACAUUGUCAGAAGCAGCUGAUGAGGAGAGAGAAACUAAUUGCCCACGAUUACAAGGUCAGCAAGGGACUGACCAGGGCGUGCAAGGAGGACAUCAAGCUGCAUCAUUGUCGGAGGGGCGUUUCCGACGACAAGGAUGUCCGAUUGGCGCAAAUUCUGCUCUGUUUGGAAGCGAUCCAGAAGAACAAUACCAAGUUGAGUCAGGAUUGCGUUGCGGAGAUUAACGAUCACCGAAGGAUGCUGAUGGAAGACUACAAACUUUCGCCGGAGAUUUUGACCGGCUGUGCGGACGAUAUUGAUAAGUUCUGCAGCAAUCUGGAUGCGGGGGGUAAAACUAUCCAUUGUCUGAUGGAACACGCCCGGCCGAAGAAGAAGAAGGAACGUCGCGUUACGGAAGUAUGCCAGAGGGCACUGGAAACAUUGGUCAAAGUGGCUGACGUUGGGGAAGAUUGGCGUGUGGAUCCGGUUCUGAGGAAAGCCUGUAAGCCGGUGGUUGAUGUGGCCUGCUCCGAUACGGAAGGCGGCGAUGCGCGGGUCAUGUCCUGCCUGAUGGAGAAAAUUGGCACGAACUUUAUGAAUCAGGAGUGUGAGACGGCGCUGCUGGAGAUUCAGUACUUUGUAGCCAGGGAUUUCAAGCUGGAUCCGCAGCUUUACAGGAACUGCAAAGACGACGCCAUCCGGUUCUGCAAGGCGAAGAAAACCUGGGCCGACUUGGAAACGGGUCAAAUGGACCCGGAACGGGGACCGUUGAUCCUUCCUUGCCUGCACCGGUACGCCUAUCACCCAGAAAAAGAGAUGCAACUCAAGCCGGAGUGCUUCCACGAGGUCAAACGCGUUAUGCGUCAGCGAGCUCGUUCGGUGGAUCUGAUCCCCGAGGUGGAAGACGAAUGUAUUGACGAUCUGGCUUACUUCUGUUUCGAUAAGACUGGCAAAGGCGAAGAAAUGCUCUGCUUGCAAGAGAACCUUGAAAAGCUACAGCAAAAGUGCAAAGACGCGGUCAGCAGUUUCACCGAGGAGGAAGCCGCACAUAUCGAGCUGAACCCGGUGAUAAUGACCGUUUGUGGCGACGCCAUGCAUCGCCACUGCUCGGAAAUUUUGAAAACCGGCAAGGACGAAGGCGACAUGAUGGAGUGUCUCAUCUCGUACAAAAACGAUGCGGACAUGCGAAACGACGUCAAGUGCCGUGCUGCGAUUGAGCACUUCCAGAUCAUCACGCUGAAGAACUACCACUUCACGUACAAAUUCAAGGAAGCCUGCCGGCCGUACGUGGCCCGGUUCUGUCCGCAGAGCAACACCAAAUACGACGUGGUGGCCUGCCUGAGCGAAGUGAUGCGCAACGACACCAUCAAGGGGGCGAAGCACUCGAUUCCGAAGGAGUGCCGACAGCAGGUGCGGGCCCAGCUCUACCAGCAACGUGAGAACAUCGACUUCGAUCCGAAACUGAAGGCCGCCUGCCGGGAGGAGAUCAACUCGUUCUGUUUCAACAUUCCGCACGGAUCCGGUCAGGUGAAUAGGAACAAUGUCCUGGAGUGCCUCCAAACGCACCACGGCAAGCUAGGAGAACAGUGCCAGCACAUGUUGUUCGCCAUCAAGAAAUCCGAACUGACGGACAGUUCCACCGAUUACAUCCUGCUGAGUACGUGCAAGGACAUGAUCCACCAGUACUGCCGCGACACGGAACCGACGGCCGUGCUGGGUUGUCUGAAGAUCCAUAAGGACGAAAAUCUAUUCGAUGGGCGGUGCCACCUGGUGGUGGUCAACCGGAUGAUCGAACAGAACAUGGACUACCGGUUCAAUCCGAUGCUGCAGAAUUCUUGCGCCCGGGACAUUGCCGAUCACUGUACGGACAUCGUGGCCAGUGCGAAGGCUAACGAGGAAUUGAACGGAAAGGUGAUCGGUUGCCUGAAGGUCAAGUUCAGGGAGGGCAAGCUGCACGCGGACUGCGAGAAGCAAAUGACAGAAGUUCUGCACGAGCAAGCACUGAAUUACAAGCUGAACCCGUUGCUUCAGAGUGUGUGCAAGGACGAGAUUCAAGUCCUGUGUAGCUCGGCAGGUGAGGAUGGGACGGCUGAAGAGGAUCAUGGAAUGGUGGAGGAAUGCCUAAAACAGGCGUUCCUUCAGAAGCGGAUCAUCAACCAGGCUUGCAAGGUGGAAGUGGCGGAGUUGAUCCAAGAGGGUAAGGCCGACAUCUAUGCGGAUCCGAUGUUGCAGCGGGCUUGUGCCGUGGAUCUGCUUAAGUAUUGCUCCAACGUGCAAAGUGGCAAUGGACGAUUGCUCAAAUGCUUGGAGGUGAUCUUGCAGGACGAAUCGAAAGCUCUAGAUGACGAGUGCAAAACUACGUUGACCAAGCGAAUGGAAAUGUUCCGCAAUGCGGCUGUGGUGAUACCCCAGGCGGAGAACCUCAGCCAGCUGUACACCCAGGUGGUGGAUUCGCCCUCGAAGCACUACUUCCUGAUGGUGCUGUUCGGGUGCGUCAGCAUCGUCUUCUUUUCCGGGCUGCUGUGCGGUCGCGUGUCCCGCCGGACGAUCGCCCUCAAGAACAAAUAGUCACGGUGGUGCCGAUCGUUUCGGCUUCGGAACGCCGCCAAACCUUUGCUGGUCGCUUAUUUGUAGGUUCUUAAAAAACGAUGAAUGUUUUUCGUUUUUGUUCGGCGGCUAAGAAGCGAGAGGAUAGCAGAAUGCGAUUGAUGCCAAUAAUGAAUUCAAAACGGACAAGCUGUGUAAGGUCUAGUAAGUAUGGAAAGUGAGGACCGUGAGCCAACCCAUGUCUGCCGGUUGAAUUUUUGUGUCUGUGUUAAUAGGACUUCGUAUGAUUAUAUUUUUAAAACAGUGAAAAUUUGAGCCGUAAUCUGACUUCCGGUACGGAUUUAGAACUGUAAGAUCAUUUAAAGCAAAAUUACAAAUCGUAUGACGAGUUACAAGAAUUCUGUAACUCGGUAUACGAUUUGUAACUCUGCUGAAGAUGCCCUAACUGCUGCAAUCUUGGUUGCCCUCUGUGGUUUGAUAUGCCUCUAUGAUAUCAUUUUGUAAAAUAUUAGUUAGAUGUGUUUCGUUUUUCGAAAGCCGAUUGGAUGACGUAUGUGAGAUUGUGUUUUCACAUGUUUAGUCGUAGUUAUGAAAUUCUAUGUCCCUUUCUUCCCUCCUACAAUAAUAAUCGAUGCGAAUCCCAUGUUUUACCGAGAUAGCGAAAUGAAAAGCAAAACUUUGUGCAACUAUGAGAAAUCAGAGAGCAACUAAUAAGCGAAGACAUUUUUAUAAGUAGUUUUAACUAUACAUAAAAUAGUGAGAAUCAAUACUAAGACAGAGAGUGAAAUGAAGAUUGGAGAAUGUGUAGAUUUUAAUAAAAUUGGUCGACCUUAGAGAGUGUUGUCCAGUGAUCAUUA